ACUUAAAAUUAUUUUGAAAACAAAUUAUCCAUAAAUUAUUUUUUGAUAAUUUGUUUUAAAAAUUAUGGUUGUUCCAAGUAUGGCAACUCAUCCAGAACGUGAAAAAGUUUUAAAAUUAAUAAAUGAAAAGGAUAAAAUUGAAGCUCAAAUAAAGGAACUCAAUCUUAUUUUAACAACUAAUAAUGUUGGACUUCGUGAUCCAUUGGUCGAUGAUGAAGGUUUUCCCUUGAGUCAUGUGGAUGUUUAUCAAGUUCGCCAUGCAAGACACAAAAUUAUAUGUCUUCAAAAUGAUCACAAAGCAAUUAUGAAACAAAUUGAAAAAGGGUUGUAUGAAAUCUAUGGACAAGGUAAUGGAGAACCAAAUGCAACCGGUGGUUCGUUACAGACUAUUGGUGAAACAACAAUAAUUCCGGCAAGUACAACAACUUCGGCCCCGUUAAAUCCAAUUGCUAGAGUUAACAUGGUUCGAGAAGGAUCUCCAGCUGAUAUUGAUGGUAUUCGCGUGGAUGAUUUAAUUGUUGAAUUUGGAUCAUUGAAUAUAAAUAAUUUCGAAGAAUUGAUGGAUUUUGCAAAAGUUGCCAAACAUUCAGAAGGUAUACCAAUGCAAGUAAAAAUUAUGAGAAACAACAAACUUGUUGAAGUCAGCUUAACUCCACGUACAUGGGUAGGACGUGGACUUUUAGGAUGUAAUAUUUUACCACUGGAGAGUGUUGAACGAUAAAAUGUUUAAAUAUUCAUAAUGUAAAAAGAUUGCAAUAAAAUAAUGUUUUA